CUCUUCCCGGUGGCCUUUGCGGUUCCAACAUGGCGGAGCUGACGGUGGAGGUUCGCGGCUCCAACGGGGCUUUCUACAAGGUGGAUUCUUUACCACAGAGCCACUAGGGAAGACCCUGAAUGUUUUUUUAAGUUUCUGUUUCCCUCUUUAUAAGGGAUUUAUCAAAGAUGUUCAUGAAGACUCCCUCACAGUUGUUUUUGAGAACAAUUGGCAACCAGAACGCCAGGUUCCAUUCAAUGAAGUUAGAUUACCACCACCACCUGAUAUAAAAAAAGAAAUUAGUGAAGGAGAUGAAGUAGAGGUAUAUUCAAGAGCAAAUGAUCAAGAACCAUGUGGAUGGUGGUUAGCUAAAGUUCGAAUGAUGAAAGGAGAAUUUUAUGUCAUUGAAUAUGCUGCUUGUGAUGCCACUUACAAUGAAAUAGUCACAUUUGAACGACUUCGGCCUGUCAAUCAAAAUAAAACUGUCAAAAAAAAUACCUUCUUUAAAUGCACAGUGGAUGUUCCUGAGGAUUUGAGAGAGGCGUGUGCUAAUGAGAAUGCACAUAAAGAUUUUAAGAAAGCAGUAGGAGCAUGCAGAAUUUUUUACCAUCCAGAAACAACACAGCUAAUGAUACUGUCUGCCAGUGAAGCAACUGUGAAGAGAGUAAAUAUUUUGAGUGACAUGCACUUGCGAAGUAUUCGUACAAAAUUGAUGCUUAUGUCCAGAAAUGAAGAGGCCACUAAGCAUUUAGAAUGCACAAAGCAACUUGCAGCAGCUUUUCAUGAGGAAUUUGUUGUGAGAGAAGAUUUGAUGGGCCUGGCGAUAGGAACACACGGUAGUAACAUACAGCAAGCUAGAAAGGUUCCUGGAGUUACAGCUAUUGAGCUAGAUGAAGAUACUGGAACAUUUAGAAUCUACGGAGAGAGUGCUGAUGCUGUAAAAAAGGCUAGAGGUUUCUUGGAAUUUGUGGAGGAUUUUAUUCAGGUUCCUAGGAAUCUUGUUGGAAAAGUAAUUGGGAAAAAUGGCAAAGUUAUUCAAGAAAUAGUAGACAAAUCUGGUGUGGUUCGGGUGAGAAUUGAAGGAGACAAUGAAAAUAAACUACCUAGAGAAGAUGGAAUGGUUCCAUUUGUAUUUGUUGGCACUAAAGAAAGCAUUGGAAAUGUGCAAGUGCUUUUAGAGUAUCAUAUUGCUUAUCUAAAGGAAGUAGAACAGCUAAGAAUGGAACGACUACAGAUUGAUGAACAACUUCGACAGAUUGGUAUGGGUUUCAGACCUUCUUCCACCAGAGGGCCUGAAAAAGAGAAAGGAUAUGCCACUGAUGAAAGUACCGUCUCUUCUGUACAAGGUUCUAGGUCUUAUAGUGGAAGAGGCAGAGGUCGUCGGGGCCCUAAUUACACCUCCGGUUAUGGUACAAACUCUGAGCUGUCUAACCCAUCUGAAACUGAAUCUGAGCGUAAAGACGAGCUGAGUGAUUGGUCACUGGCGGGAGAAGAUGACCGAGAGAGUCGGCAUCAGCGUGACAGCAGGAGACGCCCAGGAGGAAGAGGCAGAAGUGUUUCAGGGGGUCGAGGUCGUGGUGGACCACGUGGUGGCAAAUCUUCCAUCAGUUCUGUGCUCAAAGAUCCAGACAGCAAUCCAUACAGCUUACUUGAUAAUACAGAAUCAGAUCAGACUGCAGACACUGAUGCCAGCGAAUCUCAUCACAGUACUAACCGUCGUAGGCGGUCUCGUAGACGAAGGACUGAUGAAGAUGCUGUUCUGAUGGAUGGGAUGACUGAAUCCGAUACAGCUUCAGUUAAUGAAAAUGGGCUAGUCACAGUUGCAGAUUAUAUUUCUAGAGCUGAGUCUCAGAGCAGACAAAGAAACCUCCCAAGGGAAACUUUGGCUAAAAACAAGAAAGAAAUGGCAAAAGAUGUGAUUGAAGAGCAUGGUCCUUCAGAAAAGGCAAUAAAUGGCCCAACUAGUGCUUCUGGCGAUGAAAUUUCUAAGCUACAGCGUACUCCAGGAGAAGAAAAGAUUAAUACCUUAAAAGAAGAAAAUACUCAAGACGCAGCAGUCCUGAAUGGUGUUUCAUAAACUGAAGAAGUUCCUAGUUUACAGUUCUUUUACAUUACAUUUUACAAUAGUGCUUGUACAAGCUUGCCAAAGAUAGAAUAUGGAUCGCCAGUCUUUCCAUCGCACUUUCAGUUCCUCCAUUUGGAAUUCAGAAAGGGGAGGGAUCCUGAAGAAAUCAUAUGUUAAACAUACUUUGACACCUACUGUGUUAUAUAUCAUCAGAUGUGCCUUGAGAAUAGUAUAUGUAACAUUAAAAAAAGUUGCUGGCUAUAGGAAAUGUUAUUUUGUUUUCAAAAUAUGGCAGAGAUGGGGGGAGGUGGGUGGGGUGGGAUCCCUAACCUAAUAUUCUUUAUGAAAGCAUUAGCUGCUUUUGUUACAUUUUUAAUAAUAUGCAACCACUUCUUCACCUGAGGAAAACUAGAAUGAAAUGCAGUCUAAGAUAUUUUGCACUGAAUUGUAAUUUCUUCAUUAGUUUUAGUCUGGAAACUGGUCUGUUUUAAUGUGUUUUAAAAAUGCUGUAUUGUAGAGGAAAAUCUGCAGACCACUGGAAUACAUUUGUUAAACACUCAUCUGCAGGGACACUGGGUGUUAUUGGCAGUGACUGUUCUACAUUGAGGCUUUGUUUGGUUUAUUUAUUAAAGUGUACAGUAUUUAAAAAAUCAAACAUAGCUUUAGUUAAAACACUAAACUGAAUUAGUCAUGUCCAUUCAGACAUAACCUGAACUACUGAAAAGAUCAAUUUCCAGAAGGUUUAUUCUGUAUAAACUACAUGUUAGUCUUCAGUAGAGUAUCUUUUCUUUUUUCUCCCUUUUUUCUUUUUUUUUUUUUUUUUGGUUUUGAUUGUUUGAUGUGCAAUAUGUUUUUGUAUGCAGGUAGUAAAUAAACUUUUGAUCUUCCAUUUGCUGAUUUUUAACUUUCUACUUUUUAAACAAACUGUUGAAAAGUAGUUGGACCUACCUAAAGGCCUAGAGUAGUAUUCUGAUUGCUUUUUAAGAUGCAUUUAAACUUGUUCAUAAAUAGUAUUAAAAUAUUAAUUGUCAUUUUGUAAUGAAUCCUCUGAAGUCUUAGUACUUAAAAAUUUAGUAUGUUAGAAUAGAAUGGUUUAGGGAAUUGGUCUCAGAGAUUUGAUAUUAGGAAAGUCUUUGUAACAAAAUUCUAGUCAUAGGCAACUUUUGGAAGGCAGUGAGGUAAAAUCCAGAAUUUUACUUUUGCCUUUGAUUCUUCAUUAUUUUUAUAAAGUAUAAUGAACAGUUUUUAAAUAAGAAAUGUCACUGAUUUUUGGUUUUCAAGGUAAUAACUUUAAAGGUUCUCAUAUUAAUGAUUGGAUUGUUUUGUAAAUAUUUUGUCCAGAUGGCUUAAUGUUAGGAAUAUACAAACUUUUACACAAAGUAAAAGUUCGCAAGUUUGAUGAUAAUGUGGAUUUGUGGGAGGGUUUUGCUCCACAAUAUUACAUAAAGACUACUGAGCAAGAAGAGGGAGCCCUUUUGUUCACUUGGGAUCUGAGAAGUAUUUUUAUGUGCAUAACUUUUGUUAAUUUGUUAUGUGCAUUAAAAAAAACUUAAGUGAUUUUACAACUGAAGGAUAAUUCAGGGUGUAGCUAAAAAUAUUUGUCAGGUCAGUGUAUAUAAACCUUAGCCCUCAGAUUUAUUACUGGUGAGGUUAAGCUGUGAUAAUAUCAAAUGCUUUUUCCUAAAACCCUAAUAAUGGAAAAUUUUAAAGUAAGGUGUAGUGUGAACAGUGCAGUCUUUGGACUUUAAAAACAAGUAACACUUUUGGCUUUUUUAUUCUUCUCUUCAAUAGUAGAAUUAUAAAUUGAGGUAUGGGAAUUUUCAGUAAUCUCCAAAUUGGUAAAUAUGGCAAAAAGAAAAUGAUUUUUCAUUUUCUUCCAGGUAGUAGAAUCUAUUCAUGAAAAUCCUCCUUGUUCUGUAAAGACUGGUUCAAUGAGAAAGGAAGAAACACAAAAUCAUCUUAAAAGUGGAGUUAGCCCAAGGAAUUUUUUAGAACUGACAACCGUAUUCUAGGAUAUAAAUAUUAAGAUUUCAUUUUUUUACAAAUGACUAAUCCCAAUAUCCUUUAAAAAUACAUACUAUAGCAUCAUGAUAGGCUCUUUUUUUAAAAUACCAUAUGCUCAGAUUUAGAAGUGAAAAGCCCAGUCCCCAAAGGUAACUAUUCUUUAUAGAGGUAGCCUUCCAAACUUUGAGAGAGGUGCAUCUUUUUUGGCUAUUAGUUACAUGAAAUGUUGCUAUGGGAGAAUUUGCCAGCCUCUGUGACCCCCUCCCAUCCCCCCACCAAUUCUCUGCAAGAGAAUUCUCACCAACUUUCUCUGCAGGUUAAAUACUGUUUUAGCAUAUAUAUAUAUAUAUAUAUAUAUAUAUAUAUAUAUAUAUAUGUAUAUAAUUAUAUAUGAUAUCUGAACUAAAUUACAAAUUAAGAGGUGAGAUUACAUGGGUGUAAAAAUGAUCAUUUCCUGAAACUUGGGAUGCCUUAGGCCUCUCGUUGACAGGUCAGUCAUUGUUGGUAAAAUUAUAGUAGGGAUACAUAAAAGUCUUAAGUAGUUACUGUAUUUUUAUGUGAAGGUGAGAGAAAGAAUAUCAAAGUAGUGAGUUCAAACCACUGAGACACUGCUUAGGACCACGCUGAGGAAGAUUGCUUAAGUAAAUAGUCUUUAAAAAGCAAGUAUAGAUAUAUACAGGUAAGCAAAAUAAUUAAACAGGAAAACACUAAGCUGGUGUUUUACUCUUUUUUUCUGGUCAGUCAUUCUUUUGUGGCUAGGAUCCAUCACCUUGGAAGUAUUUUUGUAGCUACUGUUUGCUAUAAGUUUGGUGUUUAACCUGAGAAUGGUCUGCAAAGUUGGUAUGUUAAUUUAACAUUACUGUAAACAGAUUGACUUUUGAGGUUGAAACCAACUAGUCAGUAUUCUUAUAGGCUGUGCCUACAGUGAGCUUAGUUUACUAAAGACAGGUGGAUGGAAUACUAGUUACAUAAUGCAGUUAAGUCCUAUGUCAGAUGAUUGGUCAUUAUUGGAAACGAGUAAAGGAAAAUUACUUAUGUUUUUUAAGUUUCCAGGAACUUCGAUUUGAACUAGAUCUAUGGGUUUAGCAGUAUUCCAGAAGGUAGCAAGUAGAGUGUUCAUUGUAAAGUCUCAUUCAGUCUUCCUAUCUUUGCUAUUUAUAGUUUGGAUCCCUUGUACCCUUUAUAGGGAUACCUGAUAUAGUGAAUUUGCUGACCCCUUAGUUUUAAGUUUUAGUUUCUUAUUAAGGAUGCUUGAAUGUGUAAUAGUCACUUAUAACCCAUAAUUAACCUAUGAUAGCAUUUGGGUUUAAUUUCAGAGGACUCUUGGAAUAAAGCAAUAACUGCAUUCUGCUAUAGUAAAACUUUUUGCAAGUGGUGGUAAUUUGAAACUGUGUUCAGCUGCUGGUUGAAAAUGUCAGUUAUGCUGAAACAUAGGAAAUUGCCAACAGCUGACCACUUCUGACCCACAAAAGCGACAAUUUCUUAUGGUUCAACCUAAUAAUAAUACGUUUUAAGGUAUAAUCACUUACUUUGGACAUCCAAGCAGUGAAUCUUUCUGAGUCUAACUAUCCAGAAAACCCCUAAUUACUGGAUGAGGGAGGUGCAUACUUUGUAAGGGAGAUACAAUUUUGUAAAAAAUGGUUUGUCAGUGGACCACUUUAGAUUCAGAUUCAUCUGUAUCUUCUAUAUUAAUGUUUCAGGUACUGAAGUACAGAAUUGGGAGUCACUGUCUUAGUUGUACUACCCUUUUCUAUAUUCUGUUUUAUCCAACUAGAUCCUAUACGGGCCUUUCUAAUAUAACUUGGUUCUAGUCAUAUGUUAGAUACUGUGUGACACUUAACCAUAGUCCUAUGUACUCUAAAAGAGUAUGCUGAAUUAAAAUGUGUUUGUUUUAUAUAUGUAUCUAUCCCAGGCAUUUCCAGCUAUGUUGUAUGCAAUCUAAAAAUAAAGGGCAAAAUUAUUUUUUA